GGUAUUUCCUACGGAUAAUGGAUGGAUGUCUUUCCAAUGGGAUGCUCUUAUUAGAACGGAGGCUUUCCCUUUCAACUCAAUGCAUCAGUUCACCAUUGAGUUUGAAGUAUUCUUGGUCACUAAUGAAGGAGUUCUUGAUUUGUAUCCACACACAGAAGAUGCAACUGAUUGGAAACAAUACUGGACGAGAUUUGGCAGGAGUUGGACAAAGAUGAGAAGAAAAUCUAGAGAAGUCAGAGGUAAAGGAUUGACAAGAUAUAAAUGGAACAGAGUCACCUUCUCAUAUGCUUUUGGGAGUGAUACCGAUCAAAUUAAUCUAUACAACUCUGUUCAAGUCAUGAGACAGUAUGGAUCAGCUGAUCCACUAGAUAUUGACUACAAAGGUGGUGACUUAAACAUCUCUGAGAGUGGAUUCAUAGAAGCUCCAAACAUGAGCAUUCAGUUUAAACAUCUAAGAGGAUUGGUCAGAAACAUUAAGUUCUACCCAUGGGCCCUCAACAACCAGAGCUUGCAUGAUAUGGGCGCUUAUGAAGAGGUCGGAGAUUCUGGAUAUACCUACCAGGAGACUCUUAACUCUAAUUACUACAGUAAAUUCUCUUCGAAUAGUGCUAAAAUUCCAAAUUCAGAUAACGCUUGAAUGAUCUAUUUUCCAAACCAGAAGGAACUCUGCAUGAACCUUGAAUAUAAAAAGGAAGAGUAUUGAACCAUUGGAUACCGAGAGAUCUACAAAUUCUGAAGAGAUAUCUGCGGAGAUGGAAGCGUCAAGAAAAAUCCCAGAAUAUUUGAAUGUGAUGACGGCAACACUGAAAAUGGAGACGGUUGAUCUGAAGAUUGUACUGUUGAAGAAUUUUACACCUGCUUUGAAGAUCCAACACUUAAUUAUAAGUCCUACUGUGUUCCUUCCUGAGGAAGUGGUAUUUAUGAAAGCGUUACAGAGGAAUGAGAUGACGGGAAUACAUCUUCAGGAGAUGGAUGUGAAAGUGAUUGCACCAUAACUGAUGGUCAUAAAUGCAUAAAUUACGUUACUCAGCCUUCAUACUGAACUCCUAAUUGCGGAGACUCAGUCAGAGACACAGAUAUCUUUGAAGAAUGAGACGAUGGGAACAACCUUGAUUUUGAUGGUUGCUCAAAAGAUUAUAAACUCGAAGAAAAAUACGUUUGAAAUAUUGUUCCUGGAAAGGAAGAUAAAUGAGAUACAAAAUUUCCUAGGCCAGUUCCAGUUAGUCAUUCAUUCAACUCACAAACAAAAGAUAUUUAUGUUGGGUUUGAUCAAAUUAUGAUGGACCAAAAGCUGAAUGAGACAAGCAUGUUUGUGUUUGUGGAGAGUCCAAAUGGAGAAAUUUCAUUCACUUAUACAUCAAAAUUUGAAGGUAAGAAAGCAUUGGUAAAAACUUUAUUGUUACUCUUGUCCCAGUUCCUCCUUUUGUUGGUGGAAUAGGUGAAAGAACCACUCUCACACUCCAAAAGAUCGAUAUGUUCAAAUCUAAUGAGUCGAUUCCAAUGUUGAGUGCUGUUGCAUAUAC